AUGUGGGGCGUGGGGAUAUUCACCUGCAUGCUUGCCUGUUUUCACGGCUCCCAGGCCGUGGAGGAGGCGCGGCGCUUGGGCGAAGUCGCCGCGGCGCUGCGGGCCGGGCCUCCAGCCGCGGGGGCGCCCGAGCUGGCGGGGCGUCUGGAGGAGGUGGCAGGCUUGCUCCGCAGCGACGUCGAGGACAUGUCCCUGGCGUGGCGGUCGCUGCGCGACCACCCCAUGACAGUUCUCCUGGCGCGCGCCGCGGCGCUGGGCACGCCCCCGUCGGAGGGCAGGUCGGCAGCUUGCACCGCGCUGCGGAGUGGAUCCUCAGGGACGACCUCUGGAAGGAGGACGCUGAGCUGA